CUGACAAACACCCUCAUGGCUUCUUCUACAUAAUAAAACUUCCCUGCAGUUAACACAAAUCGAGAGAACUGCGCAGGACAAGUUUGAGGCAACCGACUCUUUAGAGCUGUAACAUCCGUGCAACUUCCGUGCUUUCUUGGCGAAGAAUCCGAUGGACAAGACGAGCAGUGAUGUCUGCGACAUCGUUGGCUUGUAUGAGGAAACCCUCAGGACACACACAGCAACAAUGCUGUUAUACUACCGUGGAGUCUGGUGACAAUACUGCAAGCGCUAUCUCAAAGACUACAAUGCUCUUUAUGAAGAAAUGAAGUCAUUUGGGGUGGCUGUGUUGGCUGUCACAUCGGAAUCGCAGGAAGAAGCCAACUCGGCAGCCACCAAAUGGGAGCUGCAGUAUAAAGUAUAUGGUGAUCCACAUCACAAACUGGCUAAAUACUUGAAGGAGAGAGGUCUUCUAGAUGUGGUCGUAACACCAAGAGAAAGGUAUCUGAGUGGCAUGGCACAGCCAGCUGGUUUGACUACAACCUCUGAAGGUGAAAUUAUCCACUCAUUUGUUAUCACACCAGGACUGAGUAACCUCUAUGGAGCCACUGGACGACCAAACCCUAAGGAAGUGUUCCAACUGAUUAAAGCCAAAUUAGGUGGUUCGACAGUCAAAGUGAGAAAGCCUUCAAAAUAUGGCCUUUUCAAGUUUGAAUUGUAAUACACACAGUCGUAUGACUAUACUGGAACAUGGCAGUGAAUUUGGGCAGGAAGAUUGUCUAACUUGUAUUGCAUCUGCAUUGCUGGGUUGAUGCUGCAUAAUGACGGGAUAUAGAGAAAUCACUUUGGUGGAGCUAUAUUCUCGAUAAACAUGCAGACAGUAUUCUGGCUAAUCGAUACAAUGCAGUUAAUGCUCCUAGUUUGAAUAUAUAGGAAAGUAAUAUGUCAAUAGCAAGCAACAGUUUGUAGCAGUCAAGAUUGUUUCGAGAUUUCUGUUGAUAAUGCAUGCAUUUCCAUCAAACGUC